AAACAUCAGCUUUCAAUAACCACAGGAAGAAAUAGAGGAAGGCCAGGUAUGAGUCAACAUUGUGGGUUUCUAUUCACACGCCGUGCACAUUUUCCACCGAGCAGACGAGUUCCUGUUCUCGCUUCGGAUGAAAACCGCGGUCACGGCCGCUCAUCGUGUCAGUCUGCGUGAGGAUGACGGCGAACGUCCACCUGCUCGUCUUGGUGCUGGGCUGCGAGGCCGCUGCAGGAAUAUUCCUUCAAAUAUUUGAAGAAAGGUCACAGGUUAUUCUGCCAUGUCCUCACUCUGGGGGGGGGAACGUGACGUGGAGCAGAGAGAGGAAUGGAGUCAGAGCUGACAUCCUGACAGUUAAUGGUGACGGACAAACAACACACAUUCAAGACCCGAAAAAACAACAACGAUACGGUUCAUUAGUUGAUAAGUCGCUGGUCAUUAUCAGAGCUGUCGUCUCCGACUCUGGAAGAUACUUCUGUAACGAUGAAGCUGUGGAUCUGAUCCCAUCAGGGACAACUGUACUUCCGGCUCCAGAGAGGACCAGCGUCUCUCUGACGUGUCCUCAUGAUGUGGGACCAUCACAUGUCCCAACAUGGACCAGAGACUCUGGAGGACUACAACAAGGACCAGAGGCCCAGACGUUGACUAUAAGAGACGUGCAGCCUGGGGACGCUGGACUUUACUACUGUGAUGGAAAACCAGCUGUUUAUCUGGACGUGACCCGAGGUGACAAGGCACCACCCACAACAACCACAACCACAGCAGCACUUCCUCCAACAGAGGCAACAACUGUACCAUCAACUCCACCUCGGACUGAUAAACACACGACGACAAAGAAACAACGUCACAACAGGAAGAGUAAGAGGAAAAAUCUUCAUGUGAAAUUAAAUGGAUAUGGAUCGAACCGACACGAUCACACGUACGACACCGUCCCUCAUCUUCCACCAGAGAAGAAGAACGCCGGGACAUCGCUCCCCAACGAGUCCCCAUAUUCCUUGAUUGGAAAUCCUUAUAAAGAUUCGUCGCAGGUCGCUGUCGGCGCGUAUUGUUUGCUGGAGAAACCAAAAGUGACGCCGAACGACUAG